GAGGCGAGGGCGCUGGGCGUCAGCAGCUGCUGGCACCACCUUGGCGGAGGCAGAGCCAGCAGGAGGAGGAGGAGGAAGAGGAGGAAGGCCGGGCAAGGCAGCUCCCUUCGCCAUCUACCCAGGAAGCUGCCGCUGCCACAGGAGCCGCGCAAUCCUCUGGCCUGGCCGGGCACGCAUCAACCACCCACCCAGCCACCCGCGGGGGGUUUUGCAAAAAGCCAGCCGGUUCCUUGCAGGGCGCAAUCCAAGCUGCGAAGAAGCCAGCGAGCGGGCCCGCUUGCUUUGGCCCGGCUUGGGAGGGAAGGGGGGGCGUGAUGGUCGGGUGAGCGCCGGCCGGGCAGCCGUGCCGCCGUGCCCCUGCCACCGUCCCCCCGCCCGUUGGCCAUGGCUGCCAAGGAUGACUUGUACAGCCAAGUGGCCCCGUGGAGAAGCCGCCAGAGCCGAGCGGGGACCAUCAAGCGGGGCUCAUCGCUGGAGAUCCUGCUCUCCAUGGGCUUCCCCAAAGCGCGAGCGCAGAAAGCUUUGGCAUCCACCGGAGGUCGGAGUGUGCAAGCGGCUUGCGACUGGCUCUUUUCCCACGUGUGUGACCCCUUCCUCGAUGACCCUCUUCCUCGGGAAUACGUCCUCUACCUACGUCCCACUGGCCCCUUAGCGCGGAAGCUGACCGACUUCUGGCAGCAGUCGAAGCAGUUGUGUGGGAAAAAUAAGGCCCACAACAUCUUCCCCCACAUCACACUCUGCCAGUUCUUUAUGUGUGAAGACAGCAAGGUGGAUGCCCUCUGUGAAGCCCUUCAGGCAACAGUGACCAGGUGGAGGUGCAAAUUCCCUCUCCCAUUGCCUCUGGAACUCUAUACCUCAUCAAACUUCAUCGGUCUCUUUGUUAAGGAGGACUAUGCGGAGAUCCUGAAGAAAUUUGGCUCGGACUUUGCGGCGGAAGCCACUGCUAAAGCUGAUGUUCAUGUGGAGCCCCACAAGAAGCAACUCCAUGUGACCCUGGCUUACCACUUCCAAGCCAACCACUUGCCCACCCUUGAGAAGUUGGCUCAGAGCAUUGAUGUCAAGCUGGGCUGUGACUGGGUAGCUGCCAUCUUCUCCCGUGACAUUAGAUUUGCCAAUCAUGAGACCCUGCAAGUCAUCUACCCCUACACCCCACAGAAUGAUGACGAGCUUGAACUCGUGCCGGGGGACUUCAUCUUCAUGUCUCCUGUGGAACAAAUCACGACAAGCGAAGGAUGGAUUUAUGGUACUUCUUUCGCCACGGGGUGCUCAGGAUUGUUGCCGGAGAAUUAUAUCACCAAAGCCGAUGAAUGUGGCACUUGGGUUUACCACGGGUCAUAUUCUAUUAUGAAUGCCACUAUUUCCUCGUCUCUCGUGAUGUUCGCUGAUGGGGUGAUGGAUCGACGAUCCCAGGAGGAUCAAGGGCCAGGGGAAACAGGGCCUCUCACAAUUUUCUGUCAGAGUAUGCAGCCCUUACGGAUCUCCAACACACCUGGACCCCAGAAAAGAUGCCUUUUUGUCUGUCGUCAUGGAGAAAGAAUGGAUGUCGUGUUUGGAAAAUACUGGCUCUCGCAAUGUUUUGAUACCAAAGGAAGAUACAUCCGCACAAAUCUGAACAUGCCUCACAACUUGCCUCAACGGAGUGGUGGCUUCAGGGAGUAUGAAAAGGAUGCUCCCAUCACGGUGUUGGGAUGCACGCAAGCCCGGCUUGUGGGCGAGGCUCUUCUUGAGAGCAACACAGUCAUCCACCACAUCUAUUGUUCUCCGUCGCUGCGCUGUGUGCAGACCGCACACCAUAUCCUGAAAGGCUUGCAACAAGAAAAUAACCUGAAGAUUCGAGUUGAGCCAGGGUUGUUCGAAUGGACCAAAUGGGUAUCAGGGAAUUCUCUGCCAGCCUGGAUCCCACCGCCUGAUUUAGCUGCAGCCAGUUUGAGUGUCGAUACAACAUACAGACCUCAUUUAGCCGUGAACAAAUUAGGGAUUUCGGAAUCCUAUGAGACCUACAUCAGCCGAAGUUUCCAGGUCACCAAGGAAAUUCUAAGUGAAUGCAAAGCUAAAGGGAAUAACAUCUUGAUUGUCGCGCACGCAUCCUCCCUGGAGGCCUGCACUUGCCAGCUACAAGGACUGUCGCCGCAGAAUUCGAAGGAUUUUAUCCAGAUGGUCCGAAAGAUUCCCUACCUGGGCUUCUGCUGUUGUGAAGAACUUGAAGACACUGGACUCUGGCAACUGACCGAUCCACCUAUCCUACCACUCACUCACGGACCAACCGGUGGAUUUAACUGGAGAGAAACUCUGCUCCAAGAAUAAGGCCAAAAGUGGGGAGGGAAAAGUCAGAAGGACAGGGGGGGAAAAAGUUUCUUAAAAACUGGAGCUCGUCUCUCACCUCCUUGAGAGUUUUUUUUUAUAAAACAAACAAACAAACAAAAAACAGAAAACAUUGAUGGUGGAGAAAAUUACUCCUGGCCCUGGAAAUGGCUUUAAAAAUAACAUUUAAGCAUAUCUGCCACCAAAUGGCACUUUUUUUGGGGGGGGGGAAUUAGCAAAUAUAGCAUCUGCUUGGAUUGUGGAAAAAUAUAACGUUAUUCCAACUUAUUUUCAUUCUUCGUCUCUUCGGUCUUCUGUCCAGCAGAUAGGUCUCUCUGAUGUAAGCCAUUGAGUUUUAAUGCACAUCUCUAUGUAUGUAUUUAUGCGUGUAUAUAUAUAUAUAUAACUUCCAGAAUUUUUUUUAAAAAAAUUGGAAUUAAGGUCUAGGAAGGAAAACUUGUUUCCACUGCCUUCUGUAUAAUUGUUAGCAACAAAGUCGUAAACUGUGGGUUUUGUUCAAUGUUAGUUUUUUGAUAUAUUGAGCAAGAUCUCAUCCCCAUUAUAGGGAUGUGUCUGUGAAAGAAAAUUAUUUUUCUGUGGAAGGAAAGUUCAGGUCAAAAUAGAGAAGGUUGCCUAACAGUAUAUCUAAUUUUUCUAGCAUUGUCAGCACAGGGUUUAUGAUUUGAUAUUUGAAAUGAACAAAAGG